AUGUCAAGCACCUCCACUUCGCCCCGCCCACUCGUCUUCUACGACAUCCUCAUGGGAAAAGGGUACAGCGGCCCGAAUCCCUGGAAAACCCGCGCAGCCCUCAACUUCAAGCACCUCCCCUACACAACCACCUGGGUACCACUGCCGGAGAUUGCCAAGGUCCGGAAGGGUCUAGGUGUCCCCGCCUGUCGCAAGUUCGCCGACGGCUCCGACUUCUAUACACUCCCCAUCAUCGAAGAUCCCAACACCAACUCCAGGCUCGGAGAUUCCUUUGAUAUCGUCUCCUAUCUUCAAAAGCAGUAUCCCGACGCCGGAGACGGCGAUCUUCUCCCGGCCCAGACGCUGGAUUUCACCUUCUCACAGGAUGGCAUCCUCAUCCCGCUGUCAGAGCAGGGGGGGGUGAAUUCCAUGACAUUCACUGCUCAUGUUGUGCUGUGUGCGCAAGGCACGCGAUUUGAUCCCGCCACGGCCGAGGCCACCAAGGCGGAAUUUGCUCGGCGUGCGGGUAUGUCCUCCUGGGAUGAUUUUACGGUACCUGCGGAGGUCCGGGUGAAGACGCUAGAAUCAUUUGAAAAGGCCCUUGGGGAAUUGGGAAAGCUUUUCCUGAAAGAUCCGAGUGGUCCGUUCGUGCUUGGGCCGAGAGCUAGCUAUGCGGAUAUCAUUGUUGGGGCGUGGCUUAAUUUGAUGCGUGCUACCCUACCGGAUGAUGAGUGGCAGCAGGUUAGGAGCUGGCAUGGAGGUAUUUUCGGACAGCUUUAUGAUGGAUUGCAGAAGUAUGCGGAGAUUAAAUAA